AUGCCACCGACGCCCACGACUCUCCCUACAGCUGCCAGGAACAUGAGAUUCACGCGCACCUCCUCAUUCUUCGCAACCAUCUUCGGCCUCCAACGAACCACAUCCGCGGAUCUCUCAUCCAGCAACACAACUUUCAACCCCCUCCAAGGAAUCCAGCAAUUCCCAAUAUCCUCCUACAGCACCAACAUGACGCGUCUCGCACCCGUCAUCUCGCUCUCGCACGGCGGCGGCCCCAUGCCCUUACUCGGCGACCCCUCGCACGCCGCCAUCACCAAGUCGCUCAAGACAAAGGUACCCAAGAUACUCAAACUGGGGACGCCUGAAGCGCCGAAAGCGAUUGUGCUGGUAACGGCACAUUGGAGCACGAGCAAAGUGACCGUAUCCAGCGGCUCGAAACACGAACUCCUCUACGAUUACUACGGCUUUCCACCAGAAUCUUACGAGAUAAAGCAUGACGCGCCAGGCAGUCCUGAAGUCGCAGAGCAGGUAGCACAAGCCCUCAAAGACGCUGGUAUCGAGUGUGAGAAAGACGACAAAAGACCAUGGGACCACGGCGUCUUCGUCCCCAUGAAACUCAUCGACCCCACCGCCCACGUACCCAUAAUCCAACUCUCGGUCCUCUCCUCCGAGUCCCCAACCCAAUCCUACGCCAUCGGCCGCGCCCUCUCCUCGCUCCGCACCCAAAACAUCGCCAUCAUCGGCAGCGGCUUCGCUACAUUCCACAAUCUGCGUCUCAUGUUCGAUGGCACGUCACGGAACCCAGAGUUCAAGGCGCUGAACAAGGAGUGGAGUGGUGCUGUUACGGACGCGGCUAUGACGGAGAGCGAGCAGGAGAGGGAACGCAAGUUUGAGCAUUGGAGAAGUUGGCCGGGGGCUUAUACUAUGCAUCCGCGGGGUGGGGCGGAGCACUUUUUGCCGUUGAUUGUUGCUGCGGGAGCGGCUGCGGGGAGCAAGGGGAGGAGUUAUGCGGAUGAUUUUAUGGGGACGGAUAUGUGGAGUUAUUAUUGGGAUGAGUGA